AUGAUUUAUGUUCAUACGAUUUAUUCUAAUGAAAUAAUCGAAUGUUUAAAAGAAUUUAAUCAAGAAAAAGAAAGAGAAAAAAAUAUUUACUCUCACGAUAAGUUAGAUGAGAUUUCUCAAAGAUGUAAUAAGAUAUUAAACAAAUAUUCAAUUAGUGAAUUAGAACAUGUGUAUAGAACAAAUUCUACUUUUAAUGUUGUUCAGGCUCAACAAAAUAUUAACAAUAAAAUUAUUUAUUAUAAUACUAAAGGAAGAUUUCAGGAAAAUAAUAAACAAUUAUUAAAUGAAAUUAACAAGUUACGUAAGGAUCUUACUAUUGCUCAGGAAGAAGCAAGAGAAGCAAAUCGAAAAUAUCUUGAAAUAAAGGAAAAAUUAGAAAAAGAAAAAGAACUCCAUGCUGAUACGAAAAAACAAUUAAAAGAAGCUGAAGAAGAACAUGAAAAACUCCAAAAAGAAAAUGAGAAAGAAAAAAAAAAGAAUAAUGAACUUGAAGAAGAAAAUAGAAAAUUAGAAAAAAUUAUUAAAGAACUUAAACGAGAUCAUGAGAUAGAGAUUAAUCAAUUGAAACAAAAAAUUAAAGAUAAAGAUGAUGAGAUUAAUAAUAUAAAAAAUGAGCUUGAUAGAUAUAAAAACAAAUUCAAAACUCAAAAAAAUAUUAUUAAUAAAUUAGAAAAUGAAAGAGAUGAAUUAAAAGACCUUCACGAACAAU